AAUGGAAGCUUCUGAGACAGAAGGCCGCAGUUUUAUGCAGGCGAUCUGUGAGAAGUACAGCCCGGAAAACUUCCCUUGCCGUCGGGGUCCUGGCCUGGGUGUCGUGGUUGUGCCGUCUGUACAUCAGGGAUCACCUAUGAAAGACCGUCUGAACCUGCCCAGUGUUCUGGUUUUGAAUGGCUGUGGAAUCAGUCAUGCAGGAGAAGAGGGAGAAAUCGCUGCCUUCUGUACUCAUGUUGUUGAACUUGAUCUGUCCCAUAACAAGCUCCAAGACUGGCAUGAGAUCGGCAAGAUUGUUUCUAACAUCCCGAACCUGGAGUUCUUGAACCUCAGCUCUAAUCAGCUGAGUGAUGCAGUCUUGGAACCGGACUGCACAAAGGCCUUUUCUAGCAUCCGCCGCCUCGUUCUUAACAAUACGCAGGUGUCCUGGGAAACAGUGCACACAUUCACACAAGAGAUGCCUGAACUAGAGGAGCUGUUCCUGUGCCUUAAUGAGUACACCACUGUGACACCGGCCGCCAUGCCCUGCCCCACACUGCGUCUGCUUCACAUCACAGAUAACAACCUCCAGGAGUGGAGUGAAGUACGAAAAUUUGGCUCCAUGUUUCCUGCACUCGACACUCUGGUUAUGGCCAACAACAACCUGAGCUCCAUCCAAGACUCGGUAGAAAUCCUUCAGAGGCUCUUCCCUAACCUUCGAAGCAUCAAUCUGCAUAACUCAGGACUUAAUCGAUGGGAGGACAUUGAGAAGCUAAACUGUCUGCCCAAACUAGAAGAAGUGAGGUUGCAAGGCAUUCCUCUACUGCAAGCUUACACAAGCAUGGAGCGUCGCAGUCUAAUGAUAGCCCAACUGCCAUCAGUGACCUCCCUGAAUGGGAGUGUCGUGACGGAUGGCGAGAGAGAAGAUGCUGAGAGAUUCUUCAUCCGUUAUCACUUGGAUCAUUCAGAGGAAGCGCUGCCCCACAGAUAUCACUGCUUGGUGACCAAAUAUGGGAAACUGGCUCCUCUGGCUGAGAUUGACCUGAGACCACGUUUCCAUGCCAAAGUGGAGGUACGCUAUGAAGAAAAAGUGGAGCAGGUGAGUAUCCGUUUGGACCAGACGGUCGCAGGGCUGAAGAAGCAGCUGAGGACUGUUGUGCAGCUCCCCACCAGCAACAUGCGUCUGUACUACAUCGACAAGAGUUCUGCCUUUGGCCCCGACGAGUUGAAGUACAACGCACGGGCCUUGCACUCUUACAGCAUUCAAGAUGGGGAUGAGAUCCUGGUAGUUCCCAAAACAAAAUAACCGUCUUUUUUCAGGAUCACAAAAAAAGCUAUAUUUAAAUAACCAAAUCCAAUUUUAAUUAGCGCCAUCUAAGCUCCACAGAGUGAACGGGACUGUCUUUCAGGGAAAAACCUCUAGGAUUUGCAGGGGCUUUAGUUCGGCAAAUAAUCUGUCACAUCUCUACACGGUCAUAAGAAACACCGUGUGCACCUUUGGUUUUGUUGCUGUUAUUAAAGGUUUGCUUUUUGUCUUCAGACUUCACUAGCACCCAUGUAUUUUGAAAUGCCUGUUUCUUCAAAUAUAAAGCACAGCAGAGGGCUAUGGCAGCCCAGGAUGUGCUUAUUACAGAUUUUAAGACAAUCACCCAUAGCUGAAAAAAAAUGUUGCACUGCACUGAUGUCUUAAAGAAGAAAUCAUGGAUAUCCAUUGCCUGCUGAUGUGUGUUGUAUGCUGUCAACCGUUAUUUACAUGCAAAAGACUCUCGGGCCUUAUAUAUUAUAUGGGCAGUGCUAAAUUCACAUGAGGAAAGAUUUGCAAAACAUCUUAUUCACAAAUGUUUUUAAAUGUCCAGUUCGAUUUGAUUAUCCUAUUGAAGAAUCCAGAAGGAAAUUGCGGAGUCGCCUGCAUUUGCUAUUUUAUGUGGUAUCUUUUUGUUUUGAUCCCUCAGAAUAUGUAUUUUAGUACUUUCUCUGCCGCAUUGGAAGUGGGCACUUAAACUUGUACCUCCAAUACAAAGCAUAUGCUGAGAAAAGUGCUUAUCUUCAUUUCAUUUGCAUCCAUAUUAUGGAGUGUGUUUAUUUUCUUUUACUCGCAGAAUAAUAAGUGGCAAAUCAUCAGUCCACCAAAGAUUACAUAUGUAUUAUAAUAUAUUUAUUCACAGUAUUUAUUAUUGAGUUACUGAUUGGUGUUAUUUAUUAAAAAUGAAACAAAACAAAUCGAUAGCAAACCAAUCAAUGUGAAUGACUCUAUCUGGCCAGAAAAACAUAAGCAGGAAAUUUGGCUCAUAUGUUAAUUUAAAAGAAUACUCAAAAUGUUCUCGCCCUCAGGCCAUCUAAGAUAAAGAUGAGUUUUUUUGGCCAUUGGAAGAGAUUUAUCAUUACAUCAUUUGCUCGCCAACGGAUCCUCUGCAGUGAAUGGGUGCCGUCAGAAUGAGAGUCCAAACAGCUCAUAAAAUCAUCACAAUAAUCCACAAGUAAUUCACAUGAGUCCAGUCCAUUAAUGAAUGUCUUGUGAAGUUAAAAGAUGCAUGUUUCUAAGAAAAAAAUUUGUAAAGGUGAAAUUGCUUUCUCCAGUGAAAAAGUCCUCUCAUCUAAAUCAAAAGAGAUGUGCAUAUUUCUUUCCUGAUUCAGACAAGAUUACUUUUCAAGCACUAUUUCUAAGUGAAAUAGUCCAAAACAGUUCUAAACCUUAUCAGUGGAUUUCAAUGUGAGAAUACAACAGGGGAUCGACAAGUUGAGUCAUAUGGAUUAUUGUGAUGUUUUUAUCAGCUGUUUGGACACUCAUUAUAAUGGCACCCAUUCACUGCAGAGGAUCUGUUGGUGACCAAGUCAUGUAAUGCUAAAUUUCUCCAAAUCCAUUCAUUUAUAAUUUCCUCAUGUUGAUCCAAACCUUUAUGACUUUAUUUAAUCUAGGGGGCAUAAAAGAAAAUGUUUUUUGAUGGUAUUUUAUCCAUACCAAAAGGGAAGCCAACAUUCUUCAGAACAUCUUUUGUGUUCCACAGAAGAAAGAAAAAUCAUACAGAUUUGGAAUGUAAGUUAUCAACGGUUUCAUUUGUGUGUUUUUUAUUUUUUUAUUUUAACUUUUUAAAAACACAGAAAUGUUUUAUUUUGUUUAUCAUUUUAAAGAUACUGCAGCUUGACUAAAAUGUGUGUUGAAAUUCAGAAAGUUCAUUCUACAGAAUGAAUGUUUAGUGACUGAAACUGGUGAAAACCUAGUUUGUUGUAUUUUUUAUUUCAUAUAUAACAUGAUAGCAUGAUUUGAAGGAUGGACUGAAAGGAAAAGCACUGAGAUACUUUCAGCAUCACUGUCAGUGUGCCACAUUACACUGACACUCGCAAAUGCUUAGGUUAGAUGAGCUUUUCUCUUAUGUACUGAUAUAUAAAAGUGUAUGAAAUUAUGUGAAAAUGUUGAAGGCUAGAAGCAUUUCUCAUUAAACAUUCUAGUCAGUAAGACGUGAUUUUGAAUUAAGUUGUCAUUCAGAAUUUGGAGUCAGUUUUCACAUCAUUGUAUAACCAAACCGUGAAAUGAGUAGAGAUUUAAUUAUGACUUAUAUGAGUAUAACUUAAACUGAAGUGGAACAUGAAAUGUUAAAAUCAGCUUGCAGAUUUAAAAAAAUGUUGUUAGGUUGGAGAAAGAAAGUUGAUAAAGAUGAAGAUUCUAGCAUCCUCUAUGCCUUUCUCUUUCUGCUUUUAUCUGCGACCCCUAAUCAAACAUUAAAGCAAAAUGAAGAACUGUCUCUCUCUCUCUCUCUCUCUAGAGAUUUCCCUUUUAGGUUUUUCACAUUUGCAUAAUUAUUAUUAUUUUUACCUAUAUGUAUGCAUUAUUGAUAUUCCAAUUUUACGAUCCUUGAAGGUAAUGCCACUUAAACUGUGACUGGCGCAUAUGAAGUGUGAAGAUGAAAGUUAAGUUUACCACUAUACCACUCGACAUUUAUUUACCAGACAUUUUUCAAUAAUUGUGACUCACAGUACACUAUUCUUUUUGUAUCCAGAUUGUACAUUUAAUAUUUAUUUUGCUGUUUUUGUUAGGAUAUUAUUUGUUGAAUUGUUUCUCAGUUAGCAUUAUCUGUUGUACAUUUGCAGUUCUUAAUCUUCAGUUAAAGUUAAUUUUGUAAAGGGUGUGUAAAAGGCUGUUAAGCAUCAAAGGGAGGAGAAUUCCAGAGAAUAAUUUAUCUAAUGGAUGCAUUAGGCCUGUUAUUGUAAUGAACACUUACAUAUUUCAAGUUGAGUUGCACACAGUCACUCCAUUAACGUGUUACCAUUUUAAAAUCAGAUUUGACUGUUUUAUACCAUUGAUUUGCCAGCGUAUGUGCACAAUAAUGUAUCUAUGUUUGAAAGUUGGAAGUGUGUCAAAGGCUAAGCAAAAAUAAACUUGUAUUUUACUGGCUGUCA